CGUGUUGUUCUCAUCUGGAGGAGGUUUUGUUGCUGUAUCGCAGAGAUGUAGAGGUGUAGAAGUGUAAAGACUCGUUCAUAAGCGUUACAUCCCGCCUGUUUCCUUCACACUGAAGUCUAGAGCGAGGUGUACAGAUAUGACGACCACGGCUUGCGACAAGAAGUGGGGCGGACUUUUCAGCGUUGGAGAAGAUUUCGAUGAUGAGGACUUGCUGGAAGCUGAUUGGACACAUGCACCAGAAAACCCCUCUGUGACCGGAAGUUCUGCAGCCCCUGCCUCUGCACCAUUGAAAGAAUCAGCCACCUUCAGUACCCACAAUGCACAGCAGAGCUCCCCUAGUCUAUCAACCAGCUCUUUGAACAGUAGUUCAGAGACAGGCUCUUUGGCGCCACUCGGUCUUCAAGAACCAAGCGUUGUUAAAGGUUUAAGAAGCCUCUCCAACCCAAACUCCUCAUCUCACUGUCCUUCUGACCCUCACAAACCCACCACUUCUCUUCGAGCACCUUUGGGAGGCUCCUGCAUUGUUUCUUCUCUGCAGUCUCCUUCUGCCCAAUCAAACCCUCCACCUGCAGUUCACAGCGCUCCCCCUCAGGAUGACUUCGAUGAGUGGGAUGUGGAUCUGGAGGAGUUGGACGAGAAUCUUUUUCAGAAGGCCUCUGGGCCUGCUCCUGACACAGACAGCAUCUCCCCAGCUAAAAGGAUGAAAUCAUCAGCUGUAGCAGAGGAUACUUCAGUUGUAUCUUCUCUCAGAGGCUUUUGCAGCAGUGCUCCAACAUCUAGACCCCCGCAGUCGUUUAUCAGGACCCCUGGUCCCUCCACAUUUGCUCCACAAGGUCCCCCUCCGAGUCCAUGCCAGCCCUUUGUGAGGAACUCUUCAGUCUGCCAGUUCUCCAGUCCAGGGCCUGUGAGAGCAUCAGGUGAAGGGCAGAGAGGGGUAGUUACCCCAAGAGCUUCACAGGGCCACCAAAAGUCCUUGUUUCAGGCUAUAUCUCCUGCCCCAUCGCAGACUCGUACACCCCGCCCCCUCAACACACCUGUCCUGACCAAUCACUUGGUCCAGCUGGUGUCUGCAGCCAGCAAGACGCCUCAGAGGCCACGGAGUGAUGCAGUUCGAUCCAAAACGCGGCGCUUUCCUGGACCGGCAGGGGCUUUGCCACAGCAGAUCAGUGGACGGAAUCUAGAUGACAUUGUUGUGACCGUGCCGCAGACGCCAGCGCAUGGAGCUGUGGCUCGCCUGCAAAAUGAGGUCCCCAGGUCCCAAGUGAGUGAGGAAGAAGAGUUCAGUGGGGGUCCGUGGGCAGCGAUGAAGGCUGAGAUGGGAUUGGAUGAGAGGAACCCUUCCUGUUUCCUGCAUUCCUACAGCAUCGUCAUGGUGCUGCGGAAAGCUGCUCUGCGGCAGUUGGCGAAGAAUAAGGUUCCUAACAUGGCUGUGGUUUUAAAGAGUAUCUUACACACACAUGCUGAUGGCAAAGCAGUGUUCAGAGACCCCACAGGUGAGAUACAGGGCACUGUUCACCGUCGUUUGCUGGAGGACAGACAGGGAGAGCUGAAGACUGGUGCUGUGCUGCUUCUUAAACAAGUGGGUGUGUUCUCACCUUCUCACCGGAACCACUACCUGAAUGUUACUCCCAACAAUUUGCUCAAAAUCUACCCACCUGAUGGAGCCCUCCCCUCCUCCUCCCAGCUUGCACAGCCAGUGCUGGAUGCUGUUGGAUUGCCACAGUGUGAGUCCUCUAGGCCCAUAGGGGUCCCUGUGUCUCAGAUGGAGCUGCAUUAUGACGAUGAUGAGGAAGAGGGAGAUCAGAGCGCCAACCCAGCUAACCCUGCAUCUUCUGCUAACAUGGUGGUCCAGCCUUCAGGGCCAGAGGCCACAGAGGAGGCCCUGUGGGGAUCAGAUGAUCUUGAUGAGCUACUAGGAGAGUUGCCUGUUGAGUAAUGCAGCUCCUGACGCUAUCAAACUUCUGCCGUUACUAUGGAAAUACACUGUCCC